AGUCUUUCGCAAACGCACGAAAAAAAUGAGCUUCGUGGUCCUCUCCCUGCACAGAUGUGCGCCACCAUGGACUCCAUCCUCUUGGUGACAGCAAAAUCCGUCGAAGAGAUGGUAGAAAGCGACCGGGCUCACGACGAUGAGUAUACCGGCUUUGAGAACGUUUCUUCGGGCACUGCUCUCAGCAACACAUCACCGGCGCAAACCGAGAUCACUGCUAUGGAUUUGACCAUGACAGGAGAGUACUUGCUUGACUAUCCGACUAGGCAAUCGGCCCCGGAUGACGGCUUUCUGAUACCGUUUGUUGUAUCCACUCCAAUUGAUGGAAGUCAAGAUGUGGAGGGGAAAGAAAGCGAAAGCGGAGACGUCGGCAAUGGAAAGCUAUCUGGCGGAGAAUUGCACGGUUCUGUGUGUCAGGGCGCAACAGUUGACGCUACGCCUCCGAGGCAGACAACGUCGAUUGCUUCACCUGUCUCCGCUGUGGAUUCAACCCCAACUGCGUUCAGGACUCCUCUCGUGCCAGUAUCAAGGUUGGCGACGGAUUCGCAAGAUCCUCGACCGGACUCACGAGCAACAUCCACGGCAUCGAACUCUUGCGGCGGCUCGACAGAUCAAUCUCCAGUGUUGUUCUCAGCGGAUGCCGGAACUCAUCAGAAAUGGUCAUCUCCUCUGGCAGCAAAGCAAGGUUCUCUUGUCUCGACUCAUGUAUCAUUGGACGGAGAAGGCUGUUCUGCAGGCUCAUCUCUGGAACUGUCGAUCUCACCUUCAGACCAUCACAACGUCCGCUCAUCAACACCAUCUCGUACGGUGCCAUGCUCAGGAAGCCAAGAGCCUAUAUCCCAAGAGACUUCAAUGGCCUCCCCAUCGGAGCGAAUACAGACGCAGAGCUCUAAUAGCUUGAACUUCACAGCUUCCGUUCAGCCUCCAAUCGCUCUCGAAGACAGGAUACGCAUCAGCUACGAGACUUUCGGCCUCGAUGGCGGUCAACUCCAAUGGAGCUUUGCACCUCCACCAUGCGGGCAGCUCGGCUUCCGCAUAAAUUUAAGCGCCGUCGCAAAAACAAAAGCUGCCUUGACGAGCUUGAGUUUCAGUCAGCUUUGUCGUAGGAGGGACCAGGUUUUGGCAUCAAUUCCGAUCGCUGGCGGUCCGAACAGGUCUGAUAUCAAUCUCGUUCGCAGGCUUUGCAACGUACAAUGGACACCCGACAAGCCGCUUGGCCUUCGAAACAUCGUCCUCGAGCUAUCAAGGCAGCUCGCGAUCAACAGGUGCGACAGAAGUCUAAUUCGAUUCAUGAUGUGCUCGGUACUUGCACUGAUGAAGGGUACGCACGAAGGAGAGUAUAAAGUCGCUGUUAAAGCAAUCAGCGAACAUGAGCUUCGAACGACACUGGCCUACAUGAGCUUCCAUCACAUCCUCAACGGACUUGGUGAGCGAUGGAAAGGCAAACACUUGACUGUUCUAGGAUUUCUCCUCAAGACCUCGACCAAUAACCUCAAGGCAUGCUUUCAAGCUCCAACGCUACCGGCAACACUGCAGCUGUUUCAUCAGAAGUUCGAAGACGCAGACUUUGCCCAGGGUCAUCUCCAGGCGAUCACCGACCUAAUCACAUUGUGCGUUCCACAACAGAAGAGAGCCGCUUUUGAGCGAUGGACGCCAUUGGGCAUAAUCCAGCAUCUCUUACAAGGCGUUGCAGACCCACUGGAUGUCGGCGAAGCAUUUGGAUACGAUAGUCAUUAUCAGGAGAGGGCGAGCCGACAACUGCCUGUUCUAGACAAUCGGAGAGGAUUGUGGAACCCACAAGACUUGUUUACCCCACGUCCAAUGAGAGUAUUUCCGAUCACAGAUUUCAGCGGCGCUGAAGGCGCUCAUCCUCCACGUAACACGGCUGGAAAGCGAUCGAGAGACGACACUGGCGGUCCCGAGAUCGAUGUCGAGAGCCCAUCGAAACGACUGAAAUUUGUGAAUACCGGAUUGGACGUCCAUAUACGUGAUGCAGCAUCUUCAUCUUCAAAGACUUUCAAUUGCCAAUCACUUGAGCAGAUGACAGAUCGCAAUGGCAAAGAAUGGAAACACAACAUCUCUCCCGAAAAUCAGAGAAGAAAGAGAAAUUCGACGAAUUACUCAUCAAGUAGAGUUGCUCGGCAUCUCAACAAAAGUAGUCUUGUGGCACCCGCGGAUGGGCCAAAACCCGACAGCACAGAGACAGAUUUAUCGUUCCAGCCAUCUCUGUCAGAUGUUCACGUCGUACCCGUCAGCACCGAUGAGGUCGAAUCAUCACGCCGCGAUUCAGAGCCGACUCCGUCUUCGAGGCUCUCACCGGGGCUUGAGAGUACCUGCGACGUUCCUUCUCCGAAAGACUUGACGUUUGGUCGGCUUUUAACUGCCAAAGUGCAAGCGUUUGCGGCCGAGCUUGAAGCUGAGGGGGAGACUGUAUGGACGGAGGACAAUGUGCCGUCCGUAGUUGCAGGUGUCUGUGGUGCCUCUUCCGUUUUGCGCCUCCGCCCUGACGAAUGGUACAAUGACGAGCUCAUCAACACGAUACCGAUCAUCGGAGUACACACGCAAAGUCGUUCCUGGCUUCUUCCCUCAUGGAUAUAUGAGAAGUUGAAAGCGAGAAAAUUUGAACAGCUCGACCUUUGGCGUGAUCGGCUUUGUUCUCGACGAUUAACCAGUUGGGUAUUCGCAGUGUGCGAGAACUAUCAUUGGAGAGCAGUGAAGAUUGAUUUCGACGAGAGAAUCAUCUCCGCAUAUGAUCCGCGAAACGACCGACUUGCUCUGGAUACGCUUCGGAUGCUCGGGAUCGUCAAGGAUUGGCUUUCUGCUUUCGAUCGCGGCUCAUGGACCCUCAGGCAUGCGGAAGGACCGUAUCACCCCCGAGAUACCACAAAUUGUGGUGUGUACGUCAGCUGGGUGUUACGGCAAUGGACCAAAGAGAGCCGAAUCGCUCCCGGACAGGAUGUAGACGCCUUGAACUUCAGAGAUGACGCUCUGACACUCCUGAGAAAUGCUCCUCGCGCGCGAGGACUUCCAGCAGCAGGAGAAGAAGAUUCUGCAUCUACCUCUUCCUCUGUGGAAGCUACGUUGUUCCAAUCCGCGAAAUCUGCUGGGAACUGAUUAUGGUAAAGAUUCAUGAGGAGGAUCGGUCGUUGAGAUCCGUUGGCCAAUUGCAAGAACAAAUUCGUGGGGAUCCACAAGAACAUGCUUUAGUUCUGUCUAUUUGACAAUGUAUCCGAUGCUACUGCGCAGGGGACUUGCAAUUACUUCCAACCAUCAAUCACUAAUACUUACUUUAAUGAAUCGGGGUGCAGUCCUCGGCACGGGAUCUAUCUGUAUAAUAAUUGGGCGCCAGGACGACCCUGAAAAGCCGCUCGCCACAUCUAAU